UCCUUCUGUCGUUAGCUUCACUGUUGAUCUCUGGCUGUAGCGGCCCGUGAUCAGUCCGUUAGUCAGAACCUCCGAUGAGCUGCGGGCUGGUCGAUGGAGACCCACAACUGGUGACAGCGUCAUUUGCUUUGGGCUCAGAUAGAGAUGUCCACACCGGGUUAUACCAAUCCGAACUCGUCCGUGAAUAAUUACGGCAUGAACGCGACGCAGAACGGAGGCGGAGCGGCAUCCUGUCACAACGGUCCGGCACAGACGUACUCUGCCAUGUAUCCAGCAACCAGCUACUACAGUUCUGCUCCACCGCAGGGUUACACCACCAUAGUGGGACACUGCGCCCCUCCGACUGGCAAAGUCUCAGUUUCAAGCACAGACUAUAGUGCAGACUAUUACAUGAAGAGCCAUGCCCAUACAGGAACUGUACCAGGUGCAUCUCCAUACCUAACACCACCAGGAACGCAUCAGUACCCCAGCUCUAAUGCCCCAGGGCCCGGACAGGCCGCGCCCUACACGAUGCCAACUGGAUACUGCGGACAGCCGUAUAAUCACCCCUCACAGGGGCAAACUUGUGCUCAGUCUCAGCAGAUGCAGCACAGCGUGGUACCGGCAUCCAGCGGCAACAACCUCGGCGCCCCGCUGCACCCCAUCGUUUCUUACCCAUCAGCUCCUGGUAGCAGUCAGUAUGGCACGCUGAGAUCAUCUCAAAUAGCUGCUGGGCAGCCACCCGUUCCCACGUUAAUGCAACCACCGCCCACCCAGAGUUCUUCGCAACAGUAUCCUCAAGGGAAUGGGGCCACACCCACACCAGCUCAUCAAGGAUACGGAGCCGCACCUCUCAGCCAAACAGCCACUGUCAAUGGCCAAUCAAAUGCAGUUCAACAACACUAUGACCAAAACCUCCAAAAUCCCAUGAGCCAUUAUUACGCCAGGGCCCCUCCCAUCUCAGAGGCCCCUGAUAGAGAGAGGGCGCCCUCAGGAACCCCCGACACUUCUGUGCAUUCCUCACCACGACACCAUCCACGGCUGCUGUAUGGUGACCACAGGGUGAAUAACGCUGUUAGCUCGGCCGCAGGUGAUCACUCCUCAUCCAGUUCUGACCAUGAGGAAGAGGAUGAGGAGGAUGAGGAAGCAGGUGGAGAAAGCUCAUCCACAACCACAGGCAGUGCCUCUCCGGUUCCCAACAGUUAUGAGUCUCUGGAGGGCGGCAGUUACCCAGAUCUCUCAGCUCCUCCUACUGGCGUUCCCCCCAAACAGGCCCCGCCCUUCGGCUACAACUAUCCAACCAUGCAUCCUGCUUACCAACAAAACCCCACCCCCAGAACAGACUCCUCCCCCUCUCAUGGAGGGUACAACCCACCAGGAUACCAGCAAUACUCACAGCCAUUCCCGUCUCUCUCCGAGCUGUCGUCAGCGUUGGGGGGUCUCAGCAGCGUUCCUGACCUGGAGGUGGAAACCUUGAGACCUGUGAAUCUACUCCAGGAGAGAAACAUCCUUCCACCCAAACGCACACCUCCACCUGAGCCCAACCUGAGCAACGACCUCCGCAAAGUCAACUGCAGCCCCGACACGUUCUGCUGUACUCUCACUAACAUUCCCCAGACUCAAGCUCUGUUGAAUAAAGCUCGCCUGCCUCUCGGAUUACUGCUGCAUCCCUUUAGAGAUUUAACGCAGUUACCGGUCAUCACCUCUAACACUAUAGUUCGUUGUCGUUCAUGUCGGACAUAUAUUAACCCUUUCGUUUCGUUUCUGGACCAGCGCCGGUGGAAGUGUAAUCUCUGUUACAGAGUCAAUGAUGUCCCUGAUGAGUUCAUGUAUAAUCCUGUCACUCGUUCAUACGGUGAGCCACACAAGAGACCAGAGGUCCAGAAUUCAACUGUCGAGUUCAUCGCCUCCUCUGACUACAUGCUGCGGCCACCUCAGCCUGCUGUGUACCUGUUUGUGUUGGAUGUGUCCCAUAAUGCCAUGGAGUCAGGCUACCUGACUGUGUUCUGCCAGUCUCUUCUGGACAACCUGGAAAAGAUGCCAGGGGAUACUCGUACACGAAUCGGGUUUGUGACGUUUGACAGCACCGUUCACUUCUAUAACCUGCAGGAGGGACUUUCUCAGCCUCAGAUGCUGGUGGUGUCUGAUAUUGAUGAUAUUUUCAUCCCGACACAUGACAGUCUACUGGUGAACCUCAAAGAGAGUAAAGAGCUGGUGAAGGACCUAUUGAACGCUCUGCCGGGGAUGUUCACACACACGCGUGAGACUCGGAGUGCUCUGGGUCCGGCUCUGCAGGCAGCGUAUAAGCUCAUGUCCCCGACAGGCGGUCGGGUGUCUGUGUUUCAAACACAGCUGCCCACGGUAGGCACUGGAGUCCUGCAGUCACGAGAAGAUCCCAACCUCAGAUCCAGCACCAAGAAUGUGCAGCAUUUGGGUCCUGCUACAGACUUCUAUAAGAAACUGGCUCUGGAUUGUUCUGGACAGCAGAUCGGAGUGGAUCUAUUCUUACUGAGCUCUCAGUACUCAGAUCUUGCUUCACUGGCGGGAGUGUCCAAAUACUCGGCCGGUAGCAUCUUCUACUAUCCGUCCUUCCAUCACAUUCAUAAUCCAUCACAGAGACAGAAGUUCCAGAAAGAUCUCCAGCGCUACCUCACCAGAAAGAUCGGAUUUGAAGCCGUCAUGAGGAUCAGGUGUACCAAAGGUUUGUCCAUCCACACUUUCCACGGCAACUUCUUUGUGCGCUCCACUGAUUUGCUGUCGCUGGCGAAUGUGAACCCGGACUCUGGUUUCGCUGUACAGAUGUCCAUCGAGGAGAGUUUAGCAGAUACAUCGCUCGCUUGUUUUCAAGCCGCUCUACUUUACACGUCAAGCAAAGGUAAACGUCGCAUCCGAGUGCACACUCUGUGUCUACCGGUGGUCAGUCAGUUGAGUGAUGUGUUUGCUGGAGCUGAUAUCCAGGCCAUCUCAUGCCUGCUGGCCAACAUGGCAAUUGACCGCUCCAUCUCCUCCAGUCUAUCUGAUGCGAGAGACGCGUUAGUGAACGCUGUGGUGGAUUGUUUAACGGCGUAUCGUGCUAACGGCUCAAACAUCCAGCCAUCAGGUCUGAUCGCACCCUCAGCCCUGCGUCUCUUCCCUCUAUAUGUACUGGCUCUUCUUAAACAGAAAGCUCUGCGCACCGGAACCAGCACCCGUCUGGACGAGCGCGUGUUUGCCAUGUGCGAGUUUAAGAGUCAGCCGCUGCAUCAGAUCAUGCGCAUCGUUCAUCCAGACCUCUACAGGAUCGACAACUUGACUGAACAGGGGGCGCUGCACCUGAACGACAGUGUGAUUCCUCAGCCUCCCUUACUGCAACUCACUGCAGAGAAGCUCACUAGAGAGGGAGCAUUCCUCAUGGACUGUGGCAGUGUGAUGUACUUGUGGGUGGGAAAAUGCUGUAAUGAGAUGUUUGUACGUGAUGUGCUGGGCUGCCCCAAUUAUGCAUCCAUACCGUCCAGCAUGACAGAGAUUCCGGAGUUGCAGACGACGUAUUCUGAGAGGACUCGCGCAUUUAUUUCUUGGCUGUUGGAGUCUAGAACAUUUCAUCCUGCGUUUUAUGUGGUCAAGGAUGACACUUCAGCCAAGACCAGUUUUUUCCAACACCUGGUGGAAGACCGAACUGAAUCUGCCUUCUCUUAUUAUGAGUUUUUGCUUCACAUCCAGCAACAAAUGCCGAAGUAGAAUCAGAGAUCCCUGUAGAACCAGCCCUAGAUUUACGGCUAGCUUCUGUUCCGCGGCUCAACUUUAGCAAGGAGCUCUUUGAUUGGACCGCAAAGAGGCAAAGACAUGCCCCUGGCCAGUCGCAGCCUGUGGCUCCUCUGGGGGGGGUGGGGGGCAGUGCUUAAAGACAAUUAAGAAUAAAAGAUGUUAAAAAGUGAAAUAUUAGUGGACUAUUAUGGCAAAAAAGGAAAUGAAGUGUUGAGGACAAAAUAAGAAAUGCAGUCGAGCGGAUUGCACAUAAGAGACACACUGAACAAUCUGUUUUCAUUCAUUUCUGUCUGUUUUUUUCCCCUUUUCACAUUCAGCUAUUGUGUGUAGCCCAAGUCAAACACAGUGGUUUCUAACUAUUGACAUAACAUUUCUCACAUUGUCUGUGUGCUUAGUUUCUCCUUUCUCACGCUGUGGUCCUGUUUUUGUUUUGUCAGAAUCAUAGAGCGCAUUUGUUUGUUUGUUUGUUUUUAAUACAAUCACACGUCAAAGCUCCAUGUUGUGUAUUUUAUUAUUCCACAACAUCUGCUCAUAGACCCUGCUAUUAAAUAUAUUUCUUUCUUUAUUUACUUGUAUUGUUUUCACUUCAGUUUUCCCAGUGUCCUCCGCUACUGCCACUUCCUCUUUCCUUGUCGCUUCCUUUUUCCUCUUCCAUUUUCCCUUACAGUUGAAGUCAGAAGUUUACAUACACCUUAGCCAAAUACAUUUAAACUCAGUUUUUCACAAUUCCUGACAUUUAAUCAUAGAAAACAUUCCCUGUCUUAGGUCAGUUAGGAUCACUACUUUAUUUUAAGAAUGUGAAAUGUCAGAAUAAUAGUAGAGAGAAUGAUUUAUUUCAGCUUUUAUUUCUUUCAUCACAUUCCCAGUGGGUCAGAAGUUUACAUACACUUUGUUAGUAUUUGGUAGCAUUUCCUUUAAAUUGUUUAACUUGGGUCAAAUGUUUUGGGUAUCCUUCCACAAGCUUCUCACAAUAAGGUGCUGGAAUUUUGGCCCAUUCCUCCAGACAGAACUGGUGUAACUGAGUCAGGUUUGUAGACCUCCUUGCUCACACACGCUUUUCAGUUCUGCCCACAACAUUUCUAUCGGAUUGAGGUCAGGGCUUUGUGAUGGCCACUCCAAUAGCUUGACUUUGUUGUCCUUAAGCCAUUUUGCCACAACUUUGGAGGUAUGCUUGGGGUCAUUGUCCAUUUGGAAGACCCAUUUGCGACCGAGCUUCAACUUGCUGGCUGAUGUCUUGAGAUGUUGCUUCAAUAUAUCCACAUAAUUUUCCUUCCUCAUGAUGCCAUCUAUUUUGUGAAGUGCACAUGUCCCUUCUGCAACAAAGCACCCCCACAACAUGUUGCUGCCACCCCAUGCUUCACGGUUGGGAUGGUGUUCUUCAGCUUGCAAGCCUCACCCUAUUUCCUCCAAACAUAACUAUGGUCAUUAUGGCCAAACAGUUAAUUUUUUGUUUCAUUAGACUAGAGGAUUUCUCCAAUAGUAAGAUCUUUGUCCCCAUGUGCACUUGCAAACUGUAGUCUGGAUUUUUUAUGGUGGUUUUUGGAGCAGUGGCUUCUUCCUUGCUGAGCAGCCUUUCAGGUUAUGUCGAUAUAUAGGACUCGUUUUACUGUGGAUAUAGAUACUUGUCUACCUAUUUCCAUCUUCACAAGGUCCUUUGUUGUUGUUCUGGGAUUGAUUUGCACUUUUUGUACCAAACUACGUUCAUCUCUAGGAGACAGAAUGCAUCUCCUUCCUGAGCGGUAUGAAGGCUGUGUGGUCCCAUGGUGUUUAUACUUGCGUACUAUUGUUUGUACAGAUGAACGUGGUACCUUCAGGCAUUUGGAAAUUGCUCCCAAGGAUGAACCAGACUUGUGGAGGUCCACAGAUUUUUUUUUUUCUGAGGUCUUGGCUGAUUUAUUUUGAUUUUCCCAUGAUGUCAAGCAAAGAGGCACUAAGUUUGAAGGUAGGCCUUAAAAUACAUCCAUAGGUACACCUCCAAUUGACUCCAAUUAGCCUAUCAGAAGCUAAUUGCCUAGAGGCUUGGCAUCAUUUUCUGGAAUUUUUCAAGCUGAUUAAAGGCACAGUUAACUUAGUGUAUGUAAACUUCUGUCCCACUAGAAUUGUGAUAGUCAAUUAAAAGUGAAACAAUCUGUCUGUAAACAAUUGCUGGAAAAAGUAGAUGUCCUAAACAACUUGCAAAACUUCCCUUUUCUUUUUUUUCCCUUCCUUUUCCUCUCUCCUUCCCUUUUCCCUUUGCUUUCCUUCCCUUCUCUUUUCCUUUCUUUUUCCCUUCCUGUUCCUCUCUCCUUUCCUUUUCCCUUCCCUUUCCUCCUUCCCUUCCCUUCUCUUUUUCUUUUUCCCUUCCUGUUCCUCUCUCCUUUCCUUUUCCUUUCCUUUUCCUUCUUCUCUUGCUUUUCCUUUCCCUUUGUUUCACUUUCCUUUUGCCUGUUUUCCUCUGCUCUCCUGAUUUUGUAAAGUGAACUGUGAAACUAUGUCUCUCAUGAUGGUGUAAUGGAUCUGUUUUCAUCCAACAUUAUGACUCAACAGUGGCUGCUCAAAAUUCCCUCUCCUGAUCCUCAGCUGCUUGAAAGUGUUUCAUGAAGCUACAACGAGAUUCCUCACUGACAAAACUCAUUGUUUUCUUUGAGAAAACAGAUCAGGCCAACAACAAAUGUUGCUAUCCACUUUGUAACGCUCAAAAUAUAUUUUAAUGUGCUAUAAUUUAUGACAAGCUUAUUGAAUAAAAUGAAAUGAUAAUUCUU